AUGCUGUGUGUGUAAAACGAAAACGUCUCCGUCACAAGUUACGUACUAAACGUCAAUACGUAACUAACCCUUGCGCAGUGCACUGUGGGAAGUGUCCUGCACGUUGACUUUGGGGAAGCAGUGAAGCACUGGUGAUUUCUAAGUUAAGCUUGGACAAGGCUGGCGAGUCAGGAUGGGAGCCACUAUGUCUAGUCCAACACCCACCGUCCAGGCGGAGGCUGUGAUGGUGCCCCCUUCUUUCAGCGUGGGGGUCGCCCCUCCCCAGGGCUGCCCCAUGCACCAGGAGACCGUCAAAGUGGCGCCCCCUGCAGAGUGCCCCAUGCACCAGGCAGCAGAGGAGAAGCAGCCAGCAGCUCCAGCAGCCCCGCCUCACCAGGACAGGGCCUACGAGUUUGUGGAGUGUCCUAUGAGGGCCGCAGCCGGCGCCAAGAGUGACAUCGACCCCACUAACAUGAUGCCACCUCCUAACCAGAUACCAGCCCCAGACCAGCCCUUCGCUCUGCCCCAGGCCAGGCAGGAGUCUAAGAUACCCCGCGCCGGGUCGGAGAAGAACUGGGUCUACCCCUCCGAACAGAUGUUCUGGAACGCCAUGCUGCGCAAGGGGUGGCGCUGGAGAGAGGAUGACCUAGGUCCUCAGGACAUGUCAAACAUCAUCAAGAUCCACAACCAGAACAACGAGCAGGCCUGGCAGGAGAUCCUCAAGUGGGAGGCCCUUCAUGCCCAGGAAUGUCCUUGUGGCCCCUCCCUGAAGAGAUUCGGAGGCAAAGCCAAGGAGUUCUCCCCGAGAGCUCGCAUGCGUCACUGGAUGGGAUAUGAGUUACCUUUCGACCGCCACGACUGGAUCGUGGAUCGCUGUGGGAAGGAGGUGCGUUACGUUAUCGACUACUACGACGGCGAGAUCAACAAGGACACCUAUGAGUUCUCCAUCCUGGACGUCCGUCCCGCCUUCGACUCCAUGGAUGCCGUCUGGGACCGGAUGAAAGUGGCCUGGUGGCGGUGGACCUCCUAGACGCGCGCUCGGCACGUUGGCACAGGAUGAGGACUUUUGGUGACGACGCCCUCUGUCGGAGACACCGCGUUUCAAUACGAAGAUCUACGUGUCACCUGUCUGCUGUACUCGCAUUGUAUGUCAUUACUCUCACAAGCAGUAGCAGCUUGACAAUUCUAAUCAUAUUGAUUUCUGUGUGCCAGGUGCUCUAGGUGCUUUCUGGAGUGCAGGUGAGCGUGUGUGUGUGUGACCAUGCUUGUUUAAGGAUAGCUGGAGGAGAGACAGUUUUCUGGGUCCAUAACCCCACCUGGGUCACUUGUCUGCCCCUGUCAACGAGUGGAUAUAGAAUUGAACAGUCUGUGUGAUUGAUUUAAUGAAACCUCCUUGCCCCUGAAAUGAAAGCUGUGACGAAUUGCAUCCAGUUGAAAUGUGAUCAUUGAUUGGACCCCAGGUCUGGUUCUGUUGUCUCUGUAUGAUGUCAGGAGGGUAGAGCUCAGUGGGUAGAGCAUAAGGAUUGCAGAUCAAGGGGUCAAAGCUAAAUUAAGACAUUAUUAGUGUUAUUAUUGCGCAGAACUGCUUUGUUCAAAAAGUGAGGAUUGCGGGUGUGUUCGUUUCAGCCUAGAUAGUUCCCCUCUCCCCUUUUCCCUAUUUUUUAUAUUGGUCAGUGUGUGCUGUGCUAAGGUUUGGUCAAACGGUGAAGAUUUAAGUUAAAUACAUUUUUGUGAUAAAGAACUCACUAUACACUA